GCGCUGGAGGCCGAGCGGCUGAGGAACUUCCAGCAGCUGCUGCAGCUGGAGGAGGAGGUGCUGGUGCCCAACCGGGAGGUCCUGGAGUGCCGCAUCUGCUACCAGCAGGUCGCCCCGGGAGAGGGGGUGCUGCUGCGCGAGUGCCUGCACAACUUCUGCAGGGACUGCCUGCGCCAGGUCAUCAACUACAGCGAGGAGCCCGAGGUGGCCUGUCCCUUCCGCGACGACUCCUACGCCUGCAGCAGCCACCUCCAGGAGCGCGAGAUCCGGGCGCUGGUGUCGCCGGAGGAGUACCGGCGCUUCCUGGAGAGGAGCCUGGUGCUGGCGGAGCGGCGCACGCAGAACAGCUUCCACUGCAAGACCACGGACUGCCGCGGCUGGUGCAUCUACGAGGACUCGGUGAACGAGUUCCGCUGCCCCAUCUGCCAGGCCCUCAACUGCCUGCUCUGCAAGGCCAUCCACGAGGGGAAGAACUGCCGGCAGUACCAGGACGACCUGCAGCUCCGGGCGCAGAACGACGCGGCCGCCCGGCAGACCAGCGACAUGCUGCAGACCCUGGUGCAGCUCGGGGAGGCCAUGCACUGCCCCACGUGCCACAUCAUUGUGCAGAAGAAGGACGGCUGUGACUGGAUCCGCUGCACCGUCUGCCAGACCGAGAUCUGCUGGGUGACGAAGGGGCCACGCUGGGGGCCGGGGGGUCCUGGGGACACCAGUGGCGGGUGCCGCUGCAACGUCAACGGCCAGAGGUGCCACCCGCGCUGCCAGAACUGCCACUGAGCGCUGGCCUGGCCCAGCCCCGUGGGAUGGGGGCUCCAAGCAGCCGGGCGGGAGCCGUGCUCCUCACCCCCGGGGAUGGCCCGGGGGGCGCUGGAGCUGGCGCAGCUGCAGCAGGGCCCCAGCAGGGCCUAGAGAGACGCUUGCAGUAGCAGGGAUGGCGGCGGGGCCACAUCCCCCUCGAGGCUGGCGGCAGCCAGGGAUGGACAGGAGGGAUGCGGGGCCGGAGGGCACGCGGUGCCGCAGGGCCUCCACGCAGCCUCUGCUGGCAGCAGAGCUCCUCGGGUGCGAGUGGCGCGUCCUGGCGGGGCAGGGCAUCCCAAUAAAGCUGUCUGUGUGC